AUGAGAGACCAGCCAUAUGUCAAGAUAACCAUCAGCUCAUCUCUGUUCUUUAUGGAAAAUGACAAACGUAGGGAAUGUCAUGACUUCCAAGCUGUGUAUAAUGCUGUGACAGUUUAUUUCAUCUGCCCCACAGGUGAUGGGUCUUCACAGGACAUUUUUAGGGCUCAACUACAGUUGACAAACCCAGGAGCAACAGGGGAGGAGAAUUACGAUGAGGAUGACUACUUUCAAGAGGGUUACUUGGACGACUACUUCUCAGAAAAUCCGUACGAGGAAUUCGCCAUAAGACACGCUCCGUUCCUCAGAUUCCACAAGAUUGAAGGCAUCGAUGACUAUUGCUUCCCUGGAGAUGCGGCUGAGUACUAUGACCUGCGCGAUGCCGGCGAAUGGUCGAGGGUCUGCAACAUGAACUACACUUCUGUCCAGGAGGGAGACAUCCCGACUUACUGGCACGCCCAAGUGUGUGGUGAUCACCUCCAUAUUGCCUAUUGGAACUUUUAUGGAUACAACCACAAAUGCGAUGGGGUCUCCGGAGAGCGGGACGCCUGGUGGGAAUUCAUUGUCGUCAAGGUUCGCCUUUGGCAAACUCAUGCCCACAUGCACGAGGUCAUGUUCGGUCAGAAGCACGGAUGGUACACCCGUAUUCCCGGUCGCUACAGCGUCAAUGAAGACACCCACCCCGUGGCUUACGUAGGACGCGCUAGUCACGGCUUCUAUCACGACGAUGGUGGCACUGACACCUGCUGCUACUUCGAAGAUACCAGAAACCCAGGUCAUCCUGACCACUGGAUGCGAACUUGGUACAACCUGGUGGAGCUCAAGAGAGAUGGGACGGGUGAGCCUUGGAUGACUGACCCUGGAACUGACCACUGGAGUGGCAUCCUGGCUCCUACCUACAGGGACGACUGGGAUCUCUGCUCGCUCGUCGGCUGCACAGGGUCUUUCCUGCAGGUGUGCACGACUUGCGGAUGCCACAAGAGCGAUAUAGCUGAUGACCCCUUCUAAGCCCUUACCCAUCAAGACAUCUCGAAUAGUACAUCUGGAAAUAAGAAACCUAGUCAAACACAUUGGCAUUGUAUCGAGCUCUCGGAAUACCUCCUUUUAAUUUAAGUUUAGUUUUUCUUUGUAUCUAAGAAAUUAAGGACAAAAGACACCAUCAGCGCUUCCUUGAAAUAUCACGAAAGUACAGCGUUUGGUAAAAGCUUGGCUGGCCAGAUGAUGUCAAUAGAACCAAUUAAAAUAAAUCGCGUGGAAUGAUCCCUUUAACCUCAA